AUGAAACUAGAAAAAAUCAAUGAGAGUAAGGAGCUGAAUGCAGACACGGCCUCCUACUGCUGCUCCGCGUGCCACAGGGACGAGGACUUGGGGCUUGGCCAGCCCGUCCGGAGGCGGGCCAAAUCCUGCAGCCUGUCGGCCUUGCCUGCCCUGGCGAGCACCAGGGAGUUCAGGAGGACCUGCUCUCUGCAUGAGCCCUGCCCGGUGACCACUUUUGGACCAAAGGCCUGCGUGCUGCAGAACCCCCAGACCAUCAUGCAUAUCCAGGACCCUGCCAGCCAGUGGUUGAACAAGCCCCCAAAGUGCGUCCUGGUCAUCAAGAAGAUCCGGAACACCAGCCUGCUCCAGCCCUUGAAGGAGCUCUGCGUGCACCUGAUGGAGGAGAACAACAUGGUCGUGUAUGGGGAGAAGGGCCUGGAGGCCAUAGUGAGCGAUGGCCGCUUCGGGCCAGUGAAGAGGAGGUUCUGCACCUUCAGGGAAGAUUAUGAUGACAUUUCUAAUCGUAUCGACUUCAUCAUCUGCCUGGGAGGAGAUGGGACCCUGCUUUACACCUCCUCACUCUUCCAGGGCAGCGUGCCUCGGGUCAUGGUGUUCUACCUGGGCUCCCUGGGCUUCCUGACCCCCUUCAGCUUUAAGAACUUUCAGUCCCAAGUUCCUCAGGUGAUACAGGGGAACACAGCUGUCCUUCUUUGGAGCUGGCUGAAGGUCAGGGUCGUGAAGGAGCUGAGGGGGAAGAAGGUGGCUGUCCCGAACAGGAUGAGCAAGAACAGGGUGCUGGCCGCUGCCCUGGACACAGAGGUCAGGAAGCAGUUCAUGCAGGACCAGAUCCUGAGCAAGGUCGUGAUUGACAGUGGCCCCUCUUCCCAGCUGUCCAACGUGGACAUCUGUCUGGAUGGGCACCUAAUCACCACAGUGCACAGUGACGCCUGUCCUUCAGGUGUGAUCAUCUCCACCCUGAUGGGCAGCACGGCAUGCAUGGCCAUGGCUGGCGCAUCCAUGAUCCACCCCAACGUGCCAGCCAUCAUGAUCACCCCCAUCUGCCCUCACUCACUGUCCUUCCAGCCCAUUGUGGUCCCCAUGGGUGUCGAGCUCAAGAUCAUGCUGUCACCAGAAGCAAGGAACACCGCGUGGGUGUCCUUUGAUGGAUGCAAGAGUGAGAUCCACCAUGGAGACAGCAUCAGCAUCAGCACCUCUUGCUACCCGCUCCCCUCCAUCUGUGUCUGGGACCCCAUGAGCAACUGGUUUGAGAGGCUGGUGCAGUGUCUGCACUAGAAUGUGCAGAAGAAACAGGCCCACUUUACAGAGGAUGAGGAUGGGGAGGAGAUUGGGGAGAAGGGGACAGGAAGCUAGGACUGUGCUCUGUGUCCCGCUCUGGUUGGGCCAGCCUGAAUGUGCACACUGUGA